GUACCUGACGAAUUAAGAUCGGCCCACUUUAUUAAAUUUCAGUUAUCCUCUGUCUCUUUGAGGUUCAUGAAGAGAGAGGAUAUGGAGAUGAAGGUUGCAGACUUGAGAAGGAAGGUGGGUUCUCUUGUAACACGAGGUGGGGGAGCAAUCAUCAAUGCUGGAGAUCUCAAAUGGGUAGUUGAAGGUGGUGUUGGUGAGAAAGAGGGAGGAUUCUCAGCAGAAGUAUGUAGUUAUAAUGCUACUGAUCAUCUGGUUGCAAAGAUAGGAAGGUUGCUCUCAGACUAUAGCUGCUCAAACAGUAAGGUAUGGUUAAUGGCCAUUGCAAAUUAUCAAACUUACAUGAGGUGCCAGAUGAAGCAACCCUCUCUUGAGACUCAAUGGAAUCUUCAAGCUGUCUCUGUUCCUUCAGGUGGAUUGGGUUUGAGCCUCCAUGCUUCCAAUGGCCUUGACUCAAAGGUAUCUCUCUCUCCAAACACAUCUCUAGUGCCAGAAACAAAACCUUUCACUCCUAAGGAAGAACUAGACAGUCUCACCUGUUGUGCUGAUUGUAUCUCCAAUUUUGAAAAAGAGGCAGCCAUAUUCACAUCAGGCCAGCAAAACCCAUCUUCCUCUCUUCUUAGCUCUUGCAAUUUCAAAGACAUGGUCAAGGGUCCAACCAACUUGCCUUACUGGUUGCAGCCAUAUAAAGCUGACACCCAUCACAAGGAUGAUUUGGUUGAAUUGAAGAAAAGAUGGAACAGGUUAUGCCACAGCCUACACCAUCCAAGGCCUAAUCAGAUCCUCCACCAAAAAGGCUCUUCCUUAUUCAACAACUAAAA